CAAACGAAAAGACCCUGAUUGAUACAUCCUCGUCAUAUCCAUCAUGAGCGCAUCUCAUCCUUUGUCCUCAAUGCCGUGCGCUUCUGUUCUUGCAUGGGUCUAGACCUCUUGAUUACAUGUCUUAUCAUUUCGCAUACGUCAUAAGCCUGCAUCUCUCGCCAAUAUUCAUUGAUGGUGUUUCUCUAACGGUAACAGGAUGGUCGCCGUCACAAGCUUUUGAAGUCACCCUCGGCCGAUCAAGACAAAGUCGUUCAAUCCGCCCAUACAUGCAGCUACGAUACGUACAGGAGGUACCAUGCUGGUACCAUGCAGUAUGAUAGUGGAAGAGGGUGCAAUUUCAACUAUCGCCAUUGCAUUGCAUCACAUUGUUUCCAGGUCUGUAACCCUCCCCUUCAGCCCUGCUGCAGGAACCACCUCCAACCUAUGGAUGGAGUUAAUUAUGGCCUGUCGCCGCCUAUUCCCUGCACUUGCUAUGCUGUAUGUACCUACAGGACUAUAGGCUUUGCACUACGGACUACCCCUGCGCACGCUGUUGGAUCCCUGUCCAGUUGAUGCGGUACGGGUACCCAGUAGCCAGGCUCAUUCAUCCACACCCACUGCGCUGCGCCUUGAGAGCAAGCCCGUGCUUUCUCAAUCUCACUCAAUGGAUGAGUUGAGUUAAGGCAUGUUUCUGGCUUCCUUCGGAACAAGAACCACCCGAUGAAACAGACGAAAUCGGAGCACAGGGCACUUGACGCACAAGGUCCUAGGAGCCAUAGCCUCCGAAAAAAGUAAAGCCCCCAAAUUCAAAGGUCCUUUAGACCCCCUCCCCCUCCAGGCUCAAGGCAUCUUUGGUCCUUUAGCAGUGGGUCUACACUAUCCCAAGCCUGCAAUAGACGCGCCCCAGCCUUUGUCACCUGUCAAGACAGUCAGACUCAACUUGCGGCUAUUGCUCUCACGCACUCUUACUGGCGUCUCUGGCGUCACUGGUGCCUUGACACACAUCCUGGUGAUGUUCUUGGGGAGUGUUGUUUGUCAAGAAAAGCCCCGAACCGGGGCGUGUCUUUAUGACCUUCGAUGCUCUCAUCCAGGCUACAAGCAGGCCUAUAAGGCUGCGAUGCCUCUUUGGAAGUUAAUUGUCUUAUCCUCACUUCCUAUCUCUCUAUUCACAAGAUUCAUAAAGCAAGCGUUUCUCCAUUGAUUCUCACUGCCUUGCCUUUAAGCUUCAUCCUCCUUGUUCAGUGCCCCUUGUCUUCAUUACGAGCCCGACCACGUUCGAUUUCAUCCUCUGUUGGUUCACAUAUUAGACAUCUUACUGGGUGUACAAUUUCCUGUAUCCUAAACCAACGACACCAGGCCAACAACUUCACGGCCCACCACCACAACCAUGUGCUAUCAACUUGUCGAGCUCUAUUCGGCUUGCCGAUGCCCCUACUACACCCAUGCUGUUGAUCGCUGCGCAGCAUACGGCCGCCCAGGCCAUCCUAUCCAGCAGCGAACGAUCCUCGUUGGUUACCUAUGCUCUGCACACUCGAGUCAUGGUGCUCAGUAUGCAUCACCACAUAGCUACUCAGACAGUGGCUACCACAGUGGCUACUCGAGCUCAAAGAGCUAUCAAUGAACGAUUCUGUCUUCGGCAGUGGGAUCUUGCUCUCCAAGACUGAUAAUAUUCAAGUUCGACGACUGGGUUUUUUACCUUCUCUCCUGCAACCCAUCGCAGCUCUCCUUUUUGCUAGCAGGAUUUCGUUGGACUGGUGGAGUUCCGAAUGAGGUUCACCGCUAGGCGUAUCCUUUUCGCAGACUUUCUCGCUCUGUCGUCGCCCAUUGGGGCCUCCUCGUUUUGUGGAUGACCACUUUUGUUAUGGAGAUUACAGCAACGUUGCCGAGGGCAUGGGAAUGAGAUAUGAUAUGGACAUGAAAACGAUCACGACGGAAUGCCUUUUUUCGGUAGGGGAAAGCAACUCGCAUUGCUGUUCUCCCUUCGCAAGCAAUUCUUCUCUUUCUUUUAACUCACGGCAUUGUUUUCUUGAACUUGCCGGUAGUUCUUUAUUUGCUGGUCGGCUCCAGCAUUCAUCAACGGACGAAAAAUCUCUCAACUCACAUUGUCAGAUGGCGUUUACUUAUUUGGCCUUUUCCCCCUUUGCACAGCGAUGGAUUGUUUUGGUGCCACUUCAUUUUCGCUUGGCUGGAAACAAGUCAGGAUACAGCGACAUUGGGUUAUAUCUUGGGAGAGCAGGUGCUGAGAGCCUCACGGCGAUUUUAGACGGUGGGAUUUCUAUUCUUGAGCAUCAAGGGCUGAGACAUUACUGGUAAUAAGUCUCCGCCUCCGGACGACGGUACUGCUAUUUGUUUUCUUUUUCUUCUUCUUCUUCUUCUUCUUCUUCUUCUUCUUCUUCUUCUUCUUCUUCUUCUUCUUCUUCUCCAUGGAUGUCUUUUUUGACAAAAGACGAUCCACAUCUUAGGGUCACUGGGACUUUUAUCAUGGUUUGCAUUUGAACUGGCGGGGCUUACUAAAAUGCUUGUAGCAUUAGAUGUGGACAACGGAUGGCUGGCCAUUAUUUCAUUUCUUUUGGAGAGGAUCUUUCGAAAUCUCCGGUGUAUUCUUUUUGUUUUCAUACUGCAUCACCUGGGCCUAUAACAAAGCAUUGAUUGCAACAGUCACCCUUGUCAUGUGGUACAUAUGUUCUUGACUUAGGAGCUGGGUUCCCAAUCGAACAACUAGCAACAGGAAGUGUGACGUUGAACGUUCCACGACAUGGAAAAAGACAAAUUUACCUCUUCUUAAUACUCUCA